AUGACGUUCGAUAGUGAGAGCGCACCAUCAUCAUUUCGACAAUUAAAUAAAGUUUAUGCUCAAUGGAUAGGUUCAUUUAUGGAUGAUCUUUAUGUUCUCGAUGAAAAACGAUUCAAAAAUGUUCGACGAUUUGGACAUGACAUAUUCAAUUGUUGUUCGAGUCUUCAGAGACGCUUGUGCAGUUGUUGUCCAUGUGUCAAACCAUAUUAUAAACUAACCGACGAGUCGAAUGAUGUGGAAAAACAUACGAAUCAAACUCAAGCUGCCGAUGAAACAAAGGAAUGGACACAACUGUAUAAACACGACUAUACAGAAGAUCAAAUGAUUCGAGAUUUAUUUCUCUGGGCUCUAUUUACAACUGAAAUUGACAUGGUCAAAAUAUUUUUAAAACAUUUGAAACCACGAAUAUGUGCAGCACUAAUCGCUACACGAGUCUAUAAACAUUUUUCGAAAGAAGCACCAAAUGCUUUUGCACAACAAAAACUCGAGGAAGAAGCUGAAGAAUUUGAAGAAUUUGCCACCAAAUGUGUCGAAACAUGUUACGCACACGACGAGAAGAUGACGUGUGAAUUAUUAAUUCGUGAAGUACCCCUAUUUGGAAAUGUUACUUGUAUGCAGGUUGCAGUGGCAGGUGAAUGUGCCAAGUUUUUUGCAACACCAUGUGUUGAUGAAUUGUUAAAUCAAAUUUGGUAUGAUAAACUAACAAUGACAAAUGUCAGAAGUUUAGCUCAACCCUUGAUCCUGGUCAAUCUGUUAACAUUUGGUUUAUUUGCGUUUUGUUGGAUGCCAUAUCGAAACAUAGACAUACAAAAGCAUGAUCAGACAGCGGUUCAGGAGCUUCAAAUAACGGAUAAAGAAGCUGUUCCAGAUAAAGAAAAUUACAUGAUGUUGUAUAAAUUUGAUGCUCCGAGUAAGACUCAAGGACGGUUACAUGGGACUGAAAUAUAUGUUAUCAUUACAAUAUCAGCAUUACUAUGUGAAGAACUACGACAGCUUCGGGAUUUAUCAGCAUUUGUUUACAUCAUAUUUAUAUUUAUUGCUGCAUAUGGCGUUGUAUCACGAUCCAUGAUCAGUUAUGGAAAUGUAGAGUUCAGCGGUCAUGGUAUUUUCAGUAAUAUUCUUUAUCCACCCUACUGGUUCAUUUAUGGAAAUAAUGGAGACGAACUUGCAACACUGGACAAAAUGAUUGCAAAUGACAAAGAAAAAUCUAAUGCACAUUGGAAUGAAUUUGAGAAUGCUGCAACAUAUUAUUAUGCGCAAAAUGCCGUAGAAAAGAAAAAAAAACAAGCAGAAGAGAGCGUAUUUAGUGAUCCAGUACAAAAAAAAGAAGAGUCAACUGCGAAUGUUGAAGUAGUUGCAGUAGCAAAAAAUGAUAUUCUGAAUGUUCAACACGAACUACAAAACCUGCAUUCAAUAAUUGUUAAUAAAGGAAGUCUUACAACAUCAACAGAUCGAGUGACUCAGUGGAAUGUGACGAGUCCAGUUUUGUGA